UUUGUUUUUGCUGUCGCCUCGAUCAGUAGUUGUUUUUGUUGUUUGUGUGUGCCUGUAUACAGGAAGUAAUCGUUAAGUAUGGACCGAGGCACCGAUCACGUCAACAUCAAUGAGUUCCGAGAUCGGGAAUUGGCGGCACGCAUGCGCCGCUGCAACUACGAGAAGUACAAGUCACUGGUGCGCAUGCACCUGUCCUUUGAACUGGAACUAAAUACGGAUGAAUUUGACUUGCCCUGUCACGAGAUCGUUUACGAGGAAAAGGGAAAACUCAAGAAGUGGAAUCGCCUGUCCAAGAAACACCGUCUGGGACACGGAGGAGCUGCUACCGUUUGCACAGCAGCCUCGGGAUCGGGUAGCAAGUCCGUGGGCAACAGCCCAACCGAAACACUUCAGCAGCAGAUUGAUCCCGGCUUUCUUAUGCACCUGCAGGAGCUGAAGGAGUUUCUCAUGCUGGAGAAGAAUCUCACCCAGGAGGGUCUGUUUCGCAAAACUGGAGCGGUUUCCCGGCAGAAUGAGCUGCGGCUGCAUAUCCAGCACGAUAAGCCCUUGGAUCUGGAGCUGGCAGGGUUCUCUGCCCAUGAUUGCGCUACUGUCUUCAAAAGCUUUCUUUCGGAAUUGCCAGAACCAUUGCUCACAGAUGCCCACUACCCAGCCCACCUUCAGAUUGCUCCUCUCUGCCAAGCACUGAGCGGGCAGGUGGCAGCUCCGGCGGAGCGGCAGCAGCAUCUGCUGAGCUCAGUCCAGUUGCUGCUGCUUUUAUUGCCCGAAGAGCAUCGGGAGCUGUUGCAGCACAUCAUUGAAAUGCUGCACGCCGUGGCUCAGCACGAGAAGAGCAACAAGAUGAGCGCCGAGAACCUGGCUACCUUGUUUACGCCGCAUCUCAUAUGUCCGCGACAGCUGCCGCCGGAGGUUCUGCACUACCAGGCCAAGAAGAUGGCCAGCAUUGUUUGCUAUAUGAUUGUGCGUGGGAUGGACAUCUUCGAGGUUCCGGGGAAGCUGGCUACCGACAUUCGGGCGUACUUUCUCGAACGCAAACGCAAGAAAACCAUGUCGCCGGAACAAACGCUCGACGAGUCCAUCUCGGACGUCUCGACGGUCAACACGGUGUACACUUUCGUAGACCGCGCGGCUACCGCAGCAGCCACAAACACGAACAACACGGACACUGAGUUGGCUCAGCUCUAUGCUCACAUACAGAGCAUGCCGGAGUCUUCGAAAAAGCGUCGGCUGAUCAAGCAGUUCAAUAAGCAAAACGGGCAGGGCACGCCCUUGCAGUUGGUGGUGAUGAAUAGGCUGAAGAACAACGAGGCCACACGUAGCGCCAAAUCCCUGGGCGACUCCAUCAAGAAGCACAUUUUUCACAAGAGUCUCAUGUCCCGUACUCCGAAGAGGGUGCCGCCCAGCUUCCAUAUGGCCGGAGGUGCUGAGACGCCCAACAUGUCGCAUGUGAAGCAGCCGAAACUUCGGGUGCUCUUCCAGAGUCCCACUCCACCCACUCACACCGCCACCAUCUCGUCCACCAUUACCAGCGUCACCCUCGCCACUAACCCGCUGCAUCAGCUUCCGAAGUCCAUAUCAUCCGCCUCGCUGAAAAUCGAAUCCUCCCUGUCCUCCUCCGACAGCAGCUCAAGCUGCGCUCCUACCGGCAGCAUCUCAGCUCCAGUAAGCCGCCAGCAGUCGAAAGAGGGUGGGGGAGAACCUAUUUUAGCUGGCCAGGAACUGGACGAAAUAGACACUGAUUGCUGUGUCACACCCCUGAAGAUUAUGUCGGCGGCUGCCAGACUGAUCGAAAAGAAGACUGUGGCCUGGGACGACCACCGCCUAUUGGCGGUGGAGGAGUACUCGAAUCCCUCCACGCCGGUGCAGCAGUCGUCGCGCUAUAAGUCGGAGCCUAAUCUUUCGAGCCUACUGCCACAGGUGCACGCCACGGAGGAGGAGGACGACGACGACGGAGCCUUGACCCCCAUUGUGGAAGGGGCUAGUUCCAUUCCAGCAAGCAGCCACCACCUAGGAAGGUCAAUCACGCGCAAGCUCAUGAAGGGCGUUAGCAUGGGCAACUUACGGUUCCCGUUCAGCACCCCGGAGACGACGAAGCGGCUGGUGCGCAGUGUUUCGGCCACCCUGCGGAGACGGCCAAGCGGAGAUGCUGAAACCAAGCACCAAGCUCCCUUACUCGAGGAUGUGGACGACAGUGACGUGGAGGAGGAUCAUGAUAAUGACGAGGAAGACGACGACACCCUGUCGGAGAACAAUGGCAGCUCCAAUGAACUGCCCCCUAUGAGCAUGGGCUACCAGCAGAUCCUCCAGAGCAGUGUGUACCGCAACAUGGAUCUCAUAACCAGCACACCGGCUCUGCACUUGGGUCGGCGGUCCAUGUCGCCGAUUACCAAAUCUACGCAGCGCAUGCCCAAAGCGAUGCAGGAAUCAAUCAUGACGCCCCGUUCCCGCAAACCAGUAAUGCUGCUCAAUGCCUUGGCCGUCAAUGGCGACAAGCAGCUGAACUUGAGCCUGUCCGAGCAGGAGGAGCCCGACUCCAUCGGUGGCACACCCACCAAGCAGCGGGAACCGCCGUCCCUGCACAGUGAGGAUGCUACCUCCUUGGGUGGCUACGCGGAGAUCUUGGGGCAGCAGCACAGUUUUGGCCUCCUCAACUCCAGAUACAGAACGACGAGCCGGAGCAGCAACAGCAACAGCCACGAGGAUUCGAAGCCCUCCAAUGCCUUAUCUAGUGAUUUCAAGGAGUAUUUGCUUACACGCAGCGUGCUGACAGCCAGUCCGGCGGACUUGUCCUUCGCCAGCCGGUCAGAUGACUUCGGCGGGGCGAGCACCACGCAGGACAUCGAUGACCUUGAUGAGUCCGAUCUGAGUCCCAGUCUUCUGUACUGCCUGGAUGGCAAUGAGCCCUCCACCUCCAUGGCUUCGCCAUUUGCCAGUUCCAAUGGGCGGAAGAGGUCUGCAUUGAAGUCAGCAUUGCCUGCCGACGCCGUGGGCGAGGACAACAAGGAGAACAUGGAAAAUGGCGUUCAGGAGGAGCACUCACGAACCAAAAAACUUCUUAUAACUUCUCCCGAGGAGUAUCCUGGAGAGACAGCCCUUUAGCUUUAAAUAUUGAGAAAAUCUUGCUCCUAAGUUACCAUAAUCUAACGUUAAAACCGUUGUACGGUUUUAAAAAAUCCCCUUCUCAUCAAAAUGUUAUAAAAAAAAGAUUGCUUCCGUGAAAAAUAAUUAUUUUCGGCAGACCCGUUCUCCCGUUUUUACAUUGCCGCGUUCGAGGAAAACUAGAUUAAGGUUUAACAUUAUAAAUGCAUGUCUCAAUUUUACAAGAAAAUAAUAUAUAAUUAUAUAUAA